GAUGUUGCAAGUAAGAAACGUAAAAUUGAAAACAACCUGGAUGUCAGUCAUUCAUCUAAGAAACUAAAAAGAGAAAAUGUCUUCAGUAAGACUGGCAUUCCUAAGCCCAUAAAUAUUGUCCAUACUGAAAAAGUUAAAGAGACAAAUUUUUCCAGCACGUUUAGCAGUAAGACACAAGCAUGUUUUGAAGUAAGAGAAAAAGAUGCUAAUUCUGUAAAUAUGAAACUGGAAAGUGAAAAGGUAUCUGAACCAUUAUUAAGCGAUAUUUCUGGUUUUAACAAGUUUGAUAUGAAGGCAAAGGUAAAUAUAGAAAAGUUUCAUAAAUCAAUGAAAUAUUCGGUUUUUCAAUGCCAAGUUUGUUUUGAAGCCUGGCCUAUUAAUACCAAACCAAAGUCAGAUUUUUACGUCUGUAAAACAUGUGACAGAGAUAAAGUUCCUGCAAAAUUUUCAGCUGAAAACUUUAUGAUCCCAUCGCUUGUACCAAUAAAGUUACAAAACGUGACUCAGAUAGAAGAAAUGCUUAUUGCCCGAGCAUUGCCCAUAAUGAGAGUGUAUCUUAAACCUGGUGGACAAUGA